AUGGCGACCAAGGCCGCUUCGAAGCGCCUCGGCAAGGAGGCCGUGUUGAUGGAAAAGGACCCGCCGCCGCUAUGCUAUGCUCGGCCGCGCGAAGAUAAUAUUUUGGAAUGGCACUUUAUCCUCCGGGGGCCGCCAGGCACGCCGUUCGAAGGGGGGGAGUACUGGGGCCAGCUGCUCUUUCCGGGCGACUACCCGUUCAAGCCGCCGGGCAUCAAGGUGCAGACGCCGAGCGGCCGCUUCCAGCCGGACACCAAGAUCUGCACGUCCAUGAGCGACUUCCACCCCGGCAGCUGGAAUCCGGCGUGGUCGGUGUCGAGCAUCCUCGUCGGCCUUUUGUCGUUUAUGUGCACCGAUGAACUCACCACGGGCUCGGUCAUGAUGUCGUCGCGCGAGCGCCGCCUGCUCGCCGCACAGUCGCACGCAUACAAUAUCCGCCAGCGCCGCUUUACGCAGCUCUUUCCCGAGUACGUCGGGCCGAUGGCCAAGGACCUGCCCAACAUGUCGCGCCCGGCCAACAUGCCGGCGGCGGCCGCCAAGGCGCCCGAGGCCAAAGCACCGGCGCCCACCGCCGCGCAAGAGCCCGCGCCAGAGCCCGCGCCAGAGCCCGCGCAAGAGCCGAGCGAGGCGCAGGACACGCUGCGCGAGAACCGCGAGGCGCAUGAUGCGCCGCGCAGCUACCGCGGCCUGGCAUGGACCGCCGGCGUGGUUCUCCUCGCGCUCUUCUCGGCCAAGGUGAUUGAGAAGCUCGCCAAGUAG